AUGAAGGCAGCCACGGCUCCGAGACCGGACCACGUUUCGGUCGACCUCUGGAGGACAUCGCCUAGACGAGAUACUUGCGGAGCAUCUAAUAUCUUUCCUUCAAAAGGAAAGGAUUCCCGACCAGCGGAGAACUUCCCGAACAAUCCUCCUUCACAAGAAGGGCGAUACCGAGGAUCUUCGGAACUACCGUCCGAUAUGCCUGCUGAGUGCGCUUUACAAGCUUUUUAA